CGUCAAGCUGCGUGAGAGUUACUGGUAUCUAUCACGUAGCCGGCUUAUUACCGGUCACUUCCUUCACAUGUGCAAACUGUAGCUCAGAAGUCUGAUUAAAAUCUCUUGAUAAUUUCUUUACCAGCGUUUUAAAAUAGUGACACGGUCCUUAAACCAGUCAACAUGUCUGCUUACGAGGAAAAUGAGUCCAAGUUUAUGCGUAAAGCAAAGGAGAAUCCAUUUGUCCCAGUGGGGAUGGCCGGAUUCUUCGCCAUUGUUGGCUACAGACUGAUGAAAAUGAAAAGCCGAGGAGACACUAAAAUGUCAGUGCACCUGAUCCACAUGCGUGUAGCUGCACAGGGUUUUGUGGUUGGAGCCAUGACUCUUGGGGUCAUCUAUUCAAUGUACAAAGAAUACGUUGUAAAGCCCAGAGAACAACAGAAAGCAGUGGAAAACAAGUGAACGUGGACUCUGAUAUUUUAUGUCCCUUACUAUACCUCACAUUAAGGUGUGCACCGCAAUUUCUUUCACAGAUGUAUCAUGACUUUUCUAUGUACACAUCCCUUCAAUAGUCGCUUUAAACAGCUGUAAGUCGUCGAUUCUCCUUCCUGUCUUGGUACACCAGAGGAUCGAACUGCCACUUCUGUAUUUACAAGGAGGUGUAUUGAUCUCGGCUGUUUUAAUAUUCGCCACAUUCUUUGUCUAUGCGUUACAAACCCAACUGGCUGGAUAUCUGUGUGGACAGGUGUCUUUACUGAUAGUUUAUUGAUUCUUGUUUUGAAUAUUGUGUGAGUGAAAAAUCAAAAAGAAAAAUUAUAGCAUGUAAUUUGAUGAUUAUAUGUAUGGCCAGGCUAAGCCUGGAUUUAAAAAAACAUGCCCCAUCUGGAGUUCUAUUUAUUUGACAUUAUUUUAUUGUGUCAGAUGAGCUAUAAUAUUUUAUGUAUUACUGUAGGAAUUUUUGCCAAAUUAAUAAUGUUUGCACAUUAUCCCAUUUUUGUGAAAUGGGCAUCUUAGUGCAUUUGGAAAAUGUUGAAGAAUGCGUUGAUGACACUUGGCUUGCGUACAGAUGGAGCCUCAUAUUACUUAACCAACUAGAACACAAGUGGUUUAUGACUUUGGGCAGCAUUGUACUAACCCACACAACAAGUUUAUAAAGACAUAAAUAUUUUUGAACCAUAAAGGUCUGUUGUAGGAAUAAUGUGGCUGGUUUUAUUUAAUAGCCUUUAUACAGUUUUAUUGUAAUGGCCAAGUUGAUUUUUUUUUUCUUUUCAGUAUUUUUCUGAUUAUCUUGUGCUACUCAGGGGUCCAAUGGUCAUGAGACAUGAGCUAAACAAACUGAGGCACACCUAUAAACAGUAGCCUAUAAAAUGUCAUAUAACUUACCUUGUGAUAUGAAAUAGAUGCCUUGUUAACUUAUUAGCAAAGCUGAAUUUUGACAGUUGUGUGCAAGUACAUAACAUUCUUUUUCUGAAAGUUGCUUCCUCUACAAAUAAAAAUCGCCAGUCAAGUAA